CUCAACGUACAGCACACACUCGCGUCUGCAACAAAAAAACAAAUCCCAAAAAACCAAUCUCCAUUCGCAAUGGCAUUCUUCAAAUCCCUGAUCUGCCUGGCCGUCCUGAGCGCCGCCUCCGCCGGAGUCCUCCACGGACAUGGUGCUGGUCUCUACGCCGCCGCCCCGGCCAUCUAUGCCGGCCAUGGCCACCACGACGAGGGAAUCGACUACCAUGCCUACCCCAAGUACCACUACAACUACGGAGUGGCUGACUCGCACACCGGCGAUGUGAAGUCGCAACACGAGGUGCGCGAUGGCGAUGUGGUGAAGGGAUCCUACUCCCUGGUGGAGCCCGAUGGUUCGGUGCGCACCGUGGAGUACACCGCCGAUGACCACAACGGUUUCAAUGCCGUGGUCCACAAGACCGGACCCACCGUGCACCAUGCCGCUCCCGCCGUGGUUGCCCAUGCCGCACCCGCCGUGGUGGCCCAUGCCGCUCCCCAGUUGGCUUAUGCCCCGGCCAUUGCCCACCAUGUGGCCGCCGCUCCUGCCGUUCCCUAUGCCGGAUCCCUGGCGCACCACGCCGCCGUGCCCGCCUACGGAUAUGCCACCCACAACGCCCACGCGCAUGUGGCCCACUACUAAGGAGGCCGGGAUGCUAACUGCACCACCUGCACCACUAGCACCGCCACCACCACCACCACUCUUCUGUAAUUUAUUAAGCACGUUGACGACCUCACAAAACGGAUGAUUCGAUCCACUGACGAGCCUGCUACAAUACUCAGUACCCCAGUCAUGUCCAUCGCCUGUGGGGGAUUCCCCUCCAUACCGCAGCAUCUGUCUCCCUCUCACACACACAUUGCCGUCUCUGUCUCAGCUUUCGCGCAAUUCUCUCUUUUGUUUGUUAUCCAAACUUCACUUUUAUUGUAAAUAACGAGGAAAAAAACGAGUGAGGAACAAACGCCCAUCAUGCCACACGCCCACGAAGAAGAACCAACCUGAAAAAGAUGAAGAAAAACGAACAAAACAUAAAAAAAUAAUAAAAAAACACAUGUAUUAUAAUAAUUUUGUGUAUACUUUAAGUUUGAAGCUGAUACUGCUGACACUGCUAUUAAAUACAAAAU